AGCAGUUCUGCUCAGUCCACACACAUAAAGAUACACCAUAAGAGCGAUCAGACGUCCACAUCAACAACUCAUUUCAUAUCAGGUGAUAUCCAAAACUUUUCCUAGAAUGGAAACCAGCAGGGUCAUCUCAAAUGACAAAGCAACGGUGGUCAUCCAAGUAAAUCCACAGGCAGCACAAAAUGCUGUUAUUUGUGAUGAUGGACAGGAGGCCAGAGGAGCACAUCACAAUACGGCUCUUAAGGGAUUUUUUAAAGCACAACCAAAGGCACUGGGGACUGUCCAGAUAAUGAUUGGAGUGAUGAUCUUCCUACUUGGUAUUGUACUCACCGCAAAUGUCUAUCGUUUCGGUUCUCUUUAUGUCAUUAGUGGAAUAACGUACUGGGGAUCUUUCAUUUACAUCAGCACUGGAUCUCUGUCUGUUGUUGCGCAGAAUAAACUUCAUCCGUGUGUGGUGAAAGCCUCUCUUGGAAUGAAUGUGAUCAGUGCCAUAACUUCAGCGAUAGCCGUUCUUCUGAUGGGCAUACAGAUAGGAAUCCAUUCAAUGGGAUAUCCAAGUUGCUACUAUUCUCGUAGUUACUCUGAAAAUUACAUCUGUAUACAUUUUGAGAGAUAUGGUUGGGGGAUCAUUGGAAUAAUGAUGGUGUUAUCCAUCCUUCAGUUCAUCAUCUCCAUCUGUAUCUCAGGCUUUGCCUGCAAAGCCACCUGUAACAGAGACUCAAUGUCUCAAAACAGUGUCAUUAUGGCACUAAACCAGGGAUACUGAGUCACAGUGAGAAGAUCUUACCGUUUAAAGGUUGCAAGAAAUUAAUAUCAUGUUAAAAAAAAAAGCUUAAAAAACAUCUGUAAAGGAGAAGGAAUAUUUGUGCAUAUUUUAUAAUUAUUAGAAAAUUGUCCUCAUAGUAUACUUCUGUAUUCAUAAUAUACACCUGUAUUUUCAUUUCAUAUUUGACAUUGGCUAAAGUUUGUAAUUAUUAACCAAGAUAUUGAAUAAAUAUAUCCUGGACUUUAGUCUGUUGUGAUACAGUGGAGAAAAUACACACACACGCACACACACACACACACACACACACACACACACACACAGUUCUGUUCUACGCAGAGAGAUAAUACUGAUUGAUGUAAUGUGAGAAAUUAAAGUACAUCAAACAAUUUGAAUGUUGAUACAAAGACAUGCUUUUUUUUUUUUUUUU